AAUCCACUCAUAGGCUUUAUGCCGUCGCUAUAUUUUCUUGUCCUCUGGCUGCCAUCUAUCCAGAAUAGGACAUAUGCUAUGCAAAUCUGCACAUUGCAAGGAUGACUACAUCUCCGCCAGGGAACCCACAUCCUCCUCACGCAGCAACAUGCAGGAGCGCAAAUUAAAUUACCCGGAAUCUGGUAACAUAGGGAAGAAGCGCAUGUCCGAGGCAUCCCACAUGGGAUUGGAAUAUGGAUGUGCAUUGUGGGGUAACAGGAAUCGAAAGGAUGGGGAUGUACUUAAGCUCACUAUCCAGACUUCCACGUAUAGGUAACUAUUCCGCCACAAUGUUAUCAUCACUUCCUUUAUAUCUCGCCUUCCUUACCUCCGCCUUAGCCGUCAACUUCGAAUGGGAAACCACCCAACUCACCCCUGAGGAAGUGAACGACUACUACCAUUUUCGGUUCGAGGAACAACAGGAUUGGCCACGGCGUAGGGAGUGCAAAGCCAUCCCAGACGAGAAAGAUAAGCUAGGGAUUUGGGCCGACUUUGAGGAAUGGUUGGAAGGCGCUCUUCUAAAGCCAGCGCCAUUGGCUUCGGUGUGUUAUUAUGGGUUGCAGUAUGAUGCCGCACAGUGUGAGCAGCUUCGACGGUCGUGGACUUCGAUGAACCUCCACUCGAAUCAUCCCAGCUCCGUCAUGUCCCAGUGGUCUUCUGGCAGCUCAUGCGUGCCGACAACUGAGCCGAACUCGACAUGUACUCUAGGCGGAUAUCCGGUGUUUGUGGUCAAUGCUACGACAGUGCGACACAUUCAACUAGCCGUCAAUUUUGCACGGCAGAUGAAUUUCAGACUGGUUAUCAAAAAUUCCGGGCAUGAUUUCAACGGCAAAUCCAUCGGCGGCAACGCUCUCAGUAUAUGGGUGCAUAAUCUCAAGGGAUACAAGUUUUAUGAGAAUUAUACAACGCCCAGCUAUUCGGGGCCCGCAGUAGCGUACGCUGGAGGUUUUCAGUCACUGGAGGUUCCUGCGGUGAGUGAGCGGCACAAUGUCACUAUUAUUACUGCGGGCGGUCCAACCGUUGGGAUUGCUGGAGGGUUUCUCCAAGGUGGAGGCCAUUCUAGCUUUACAAGCUACUAUGGCUUGGCUGCCGAUCAUGUGUUGAGUAUUCAGGCUGUCGUGGCCAGCGGACACUUCGUCACUUGCAGUGAAACCGAGAAUCCGAACCUCUUCUGGGCCUUCAGAGGCGGUGGCGGCGGCACCUUCGGCGUCAUCACGUCAGUGGUUGUAAAAGCGUUUCCUCGCACACCCAUCACUUCCGGGAGCAUUACCUUCUCCACUGUGCCGCCCCCCGGCUCCAACCAGACCGCAAUCUCUCUUGAGACGUUCUGGAUGGGGAUGAGAGCACAUUGGGCAUUUGUCCACAAAAUCGUUGAUGCCGGUGGCUUGGGCUACAACUUCAUCCGCCACACCCGCAACGGAAACACCACGGGCCUCACUUACACAACCUCCAUUUCCCUCCCAAACAGUUCCCCAGCCGAAUACCGCGCCCUGGUCCGCCCACACCUAGAAGAACUCAACGCCCUGGGCAUCUCCAUCCCUAUCCCCUCUGCCCUCGCCGUAAAACGCUCCUACACGUACCACCCAUCCGCAGACUCCUCGCUCGGAGCUCCCCCAACCCAUCUGGCCCCUCGCGCCCUAGGCGACGUAACCGGCCACACACACAUCGCCUCUCGCCUCUUCUCCCGCUCCAACUUUGCCCCCGGCGCCAACCUGGAAGCUUUACAUCAAGCCAUUCGAAACAUGGUCGACGCCGACAAAGGCGGCUACACGUUCCACGGGAUGAACUACGGGCCCUCACUGCCCGUUUCCGGCAACCCAAACAAUGCCGUUAAUCCCGCGUUCCGCACCGCGCUCAUGCAUGCGCAGGCGUACGAGGAGAACGCUUGGUGGGACACUACUGCUCCGGUGCGUAGUCGCGAGGAGUUGAAAAAGAGGCACGAUAGACUGCAGUUCUACAUGGAUACGUAUUGGAAGGCGAUUACCCCGGGUGGCGGCAGUUAUAUGAAUGAGGGAGAUAUGCAGGAGCCGGAUUGGCAGCAGGCGUUUUAUGGGAGCAAUUAUGCGCGGUUGAAGCAGAUUAAGAGGAAGUGGGAUAGGCAUGGCUUGUUUUGGGUUAUUGGGGGUGUGGGGAGUGAGGAGUGGGAGAUUAGGGAGUCGAAGGGAGGGAAGAGGAGGGAGGGAUUGGUUACGCAGGAUGGGGUGUUGUGUCCGGUUGAGAGAGGGUCGUGAGUGCGGAUAUGAGAAGACACUUGACGCAUCUGACGUCACAGGUUUUAGUGGACCCAAUCCCUGACGCUGUAAAGUCCAGUCCAUCAGGAUAUUGGGAGGGUGGUUUUCCCGCAUUAGACUGGAAUUCAGAUAAUAUAUCACGUCAGCAUGGGAAUUAGAGGCGAGAUACAAACACGGCUUGCAUCUCAAUAAUCGAACAUGCCUCACUCCCACCUAAUCUGGACUGCCCGUCC